AUGCACAGUAAGCGCUACAAAAACAAAUCUUCCGGGCCUGGGGCGCAAGCGGGCGGACUAGCGGGCGGACUCGAGUCAAGAGGCUGCGGAGGCGGCCGCCUCCACACGAGCACACAGACAUAUUACCUCGACGAGAACGACCUGCUAGUCGAGGCGAUCAAGCAGAACCAGAAUCUUGGCCGGCUGCACGAGUGUGUGCAGUACCAACUGCAGCUCCAGCAAAACCUCGUUCACCUCGCCAUGCACGCCGAUGAGCAGCCCGGCAGCGGCGCCACCAGCCGCAAGGGCUCGUCCGAUGCGGGGUGGCGCACCCGCAACGUGUGGGCGUGCAGCAGCAGCCGCGCGCACGGCGGGUGCGGCUGCGCGCCUGCGCCGUACUGCGUGUCUCCGGCGAUGGGGCAGCCGGAGUGCUCUGCGUGCAGCCGGAUCUGGUGCAUCCUCCCGCUGACGGGGCUCGCCUGUCCAGGGACGCGCGUGUGA